GGGCGCCCUAUCCUAGAGGAGGUCGGGUAUUAGAAGACGUUCAGUAUCGUCAAGGACAUCUUUUAGUCCCAGAAUUUCCUCCACUUUAUUCUGUACACGACCAAGUAGUUACUCAAGAGGUCCAAGCUUCCCCUUCGGACAAGGGCUCUUCGUCUUCUUACAACUCAGAUGUUGACGAGGCAGAAGGUUUUACUUCUAGAUCGUGGAGUUCAGGAGAGGAGGACUCGAUUCCGGAUGAGACGAGUGAUUUAGCUGAAUUAAGAAGCUCUCAGCGUUCUUGGCAGCCUAGUAAAGCCUCAGCGUCUUGUUCAAGCGCUGGUGCUGAACCUCAGUCCACAGCUAGCAGCAGUGCUCAUGGUGGAGUCCGAGUAGUCACGACGCGGCAAACAGGGAGAAUCGACGACCCACUUGACGACCCGGAAAGAGUCUACAAUGCGGACGAUAUUCAAGAAGUUUAUGCUUCGAGACGAGGGGCGGCAGAGAUGGAAGUGUAUCGCGGAGCAGUAGUACAACUCUAUGCAGAUCAACCAGUUGUAGAAGAAGAAGUGCAUCAUUACCAUGGGCAACAAGGUGGUUCCAUUCGUGUUGAAGGAAAUCGAGGUAAGGGGUUUGGGUCUAUAUCCUCCUCCGCUAGAAGUAGAGGUAAUAAUAGCCUUGUUCUAGACGAUGGGUCCGCCUUCGUGGAGCCGACCAGCGGUGUUAUCGUUACAGUUCCUAAUAAUAUGAAUAAGCGUAACUCUCAAGAACGCCACGAAUUUGAGCAGGAGAUGGCACGACGUCCUAGCACACGCAGAUUGGAGAGAGCUGCUAAGCAUCCUCAAGAAGGUAUUUUACGCGAUCGCGAUCAUGAUCAAAAGGGAGGUGACUCCCUGCUGCACGAUGUGGGGCCGUCAUCAGCUGUUGUUGCAAGUGCUACUACUGAUAAUAGGCAUCGACGGUGUACUAGCAGCUGUCUGGUGCUCCAAGAAGAGACACGUAUUCCUCGAGAGGAACAAGUUGCUUCGUCUGGUAAUGUCAAGACGAGAGCUUGCGAUGAUGUCAAGACGAGAACUACAACCUCCGACGGUCCCGCAUUGUUCUCAUACGUUGGCAGCAACUAUCCACCUGGGCGAGCGACAACAGCAGCUUCUGCUUCAAUAUCUUGUGCCGCUGGGGGACAAGAAGUAGAAGGAGGGCCCAGCUUAAGCCGUCGCGAACGAGAAGAAAAUGCUCUAGCUGCUGAGUUCUCUUCUCUACGACUAUCUUGCUCUAGUACAGCUCUUGGAAGUGCAUGCACAACAACGACGUCCUCGCUAGUGUCCUCAGUUCUUGAACAACGACCAGGAGGACCUGUACUUAUUAGUAAUGGAGGAACAAGUGAUAGAGAUCAACAUAGCGAUCAUGUAGUUUCACAUUAUUUAGUAAGGCUCAACUUUCAAUGGUCAUCGGGGUUGGUUACUGAGAUCGAAGAGGCGACCCCUUGAGACAACAGGGGAAAACGAAGGGAAAGCAGGGGGUCUCUUCCGUUCAGCAUCAGUGACCAUUGAAUGCUGAGCUUUAAAUUUAGUAAGCACAACUACAUCGAACAAGAUGAAUUCUCCACUUUUGGAUCCCAAAAUGAACAAAAUGGAGCGGAGUUUAAGUCGCCCACAUCAGCCGGCAACGAGUGGACUAUCCUCUUAUCUUCCUAGGCCUCCGAAUCCGAUGGCUUCUGACUUGCCAAGGCCUCCGAUUCAAACUCAGGCAUUCAGCAGACCACAGCCUACUCCUACAGUGGUCUCUGACUCUGUGGUCUCUCCGCCUCGAUCAGGAGACCUGUCCACCACAAAUUGCGGAGUGCUGAACUCAACAAACAUCAGGAAUCAUAACCGUGCGGGAGAAGCUGAACACGCAGGACUUGUACACACGCAGCAAGUACAAGAACAAGUAGAUCCUCAUCUUUCAGUCUCAAAUGUGGCAGAACUUGUUGCAGAAAGAAACAAUUCGCGAACCAGCCAGAGCACUUUUGAUUACGGUCAGCUGUGUCUUGUUUUUCCUGCACCAUCGCAAGAGAUGAUAUUCUUGAUGAUGAGUCAACGCACUAGGGACUAUAGUAGAGAUAUUGAAGUCCUUCGUCGAAUACUUGUAGUCUUCACAGCUUGUAAAAAGUUGAUGCACUGCUCCACACACUCACUCUAAUCCGUGAAUAUUCAUGACCGGUCCGAUAGUAGGGCCUUGACUGAAGCAUCCUUCAAGGAGGUGGAGCCCUCGACGAUGACGCGGCAGCCACCUCCACGAAGCCAAGUCCGCAAUCUGAUGGACGAGAUAGCUACACCUGAAGUUGUGGCAUCUUCAGAGACGAAAAAUGGUGGUCAAGAGCAAGAUGAAGCUGGUGAAUCUCGAGAAAUGGCGAUGGCCUACUCGUAUGCGCUACUCGUGGACGGAGACGACCCAGGAGCACCAGGAGCUGCCGGGGAAGGAGAGGACAGUGACGUGGAUGGUAGAAGUGCUGUACUAGAUGGGAACGACCAACAGAGCAGAGAAAAGCCUGUUGUACUUCAACGAGCUCCUGUUGACGAGCGUCAACGAACUGGAAGUGACCUCCUCGUAAUGAAGAAGGACCAAAAAGUCAACAGUGGUCCUUUGCCGACUCGUUCUACUGCGGGUGCUGCUCCUGCAGGAGGAGCAGCUGCUUCUAGUUGUGCGUCACCUGUUUUCAUGUCUACUUUUACCAAUUCAUCCUCCUGUGAGGGCACUGUGAAUGACAAUAGUGCUGCUGGCGAGACGCCGGGGUCAAGAACCUCACGACAAGGACCACAACCACAAGGAAUAUCGCCUACAUCAGGAUCUUCCGGUUCACCUCCUAGUGGCACAAGUGUAGUAGGAUCUUCUUCAAGAAAUAGAUCCCAAAUCCUCCUCCAACAAGGGACGACGAUUCCUCCACUUCCUGUACGACACUACAGUUCGCCAGCCGUCUUCGAUAUUUCCUCAUCUAGAACGGCGCGAUCGGGAGAAAAGCCUGAUGCUGUUGUCCUUGGGAGUACAGAUCCGCUUCGCGCAAGAGAAAUGGUAGAAGAAGACCUUAGAGCUCGACGCAGCAGAUGUAGCACUGGCACUUCUACUAGUGGUCUUCUUGUUGAUCAUGCUAGUACCUCCUACACCAAAGUUAAGGGUUUUUACCAAAUUAAGUACAUCCCGCACGACUCAUAUCCUUGGCUCUUUUUCUACUCGAAAAAGGCGCCAAGAAGGAUGUUCCGCUUCCGAGGAAUGCAAUUCUGCAACCUCUAACAGAGAUAAUAAAGAUAGUCCAGCUCGAGGAGGUGCGGGGACAACAACUUCCAGCACAGUGCCAAGAAGUAUGGUGGAGGCGAAGGAUGAGCAUAUUAGUAUUAAGGCUACCGCUGGACCAUCCCCAACGUCAUCCUGGGCCCUUUUUUCGAGGGGAAAAAGGUCCCAGGGAGGUUCUCAGGGAUGCGAGCGCGCUAGCUCGAAUAGUAGACCGUCUGCUCAGUCUUCUCCACCACCCUCGGAUACGGGUGGCACCUCAAAAGGUCCAGACCUAUGGCAGGUUUGGCACUUCUCAUGAUUAAGUGCUUAAAUGUAUGCGACUUUUAAGUAUAAAGUUAAGUAUGUUUGCGAGGAAAACGAAAAUUAUGAUGAAGAACCUCCAAGAGCACUAACUCUAACAUCCAUUUUACUCUUCCGUUGAGAAUAAAGCUGUAUAUAAUAAUGAUGCAUCGUGAUGACUGUACAUCCUGUAGAACAAGGAUGAAAUAAAUUGUUUUGUCGUUCAGUUUUUUGCUUUCCUCCUAAGCAAUAUCGUUAUUGGUUAUUACAGGUUAGACUCUAACUGUUAGAGACAUGGAACUGUGCUACUGUUAUCAUUGAAAAAAUCCUACCUUUCUCGUCUCCCAUCAAUUUUUAGUGCUUCUAGCACUAGCAUCGUCUUCUCUUGCCUAUGAAGAAACAAAUUGACCACGAAUGAAGAAAAUCGACCUAGAUGUUUUUUUUACCGAGCACGUACCAUAUUUUUAUUGCACGUUUUUUACAACAUACACACCAGAGGAAAGCAUUACCGCGUGAAGAAUGCUCUUCAACAUGUUAGUACCACAAGAAGCAUGGUUUAGGUCCAGCGACGCUCAAAGCACUAAAUAGAGCAACAGGCUAGCUUUUACCUCUACGAAAUUAGGCUUAUCUUCCCGUGCAGCCAUAAUAAAUUCAACAUAGUUAUAGUUACAUCUUCAACGAGUCUGCCACAGUCAUUCUCAGAUGAUACAGGCACUGUCGUGGUUCUUAAAGUCAUUGAAGAUCCAGCAUGCAAGAUUGGGACGCUUCAGAGUUUCCACCUUUCCCACUCCUCCGAAAGUCCCGAGGACCUGUGAUCUAGCUACUCUAUAAGUAGCUAGUAAACUACCUUAACUGUACAUACUUCAACAAGCC